AUGUACAGCAUACAAUAUUCCAGCACAUAUAACAAUAGAUACGAGGUACUCAGCAAGGGCAUCAGAGCGUACGGAGAAAGAGAGAGCUACAGAUACACUGAGUAUCUGAUGGAAGGAGAAAUCUUUCUUGUUGGCACUCUGGAGAUAAGAUACAAUAAACAAAGGAUACUAAGUAGCUACUCUAGUGCAAGCAGAAAAAUAAACUACGAAAGCAUUGUACAGGAUAGAAUAGACACUGUGCACAAAAAAAGAGCAGAUGCUAACGAUGAAAAUAUCCAGGACAGCGGCAGUAAGCUGGGCAGUGUGCAGGAGCACACGGAGUACUACCUGGAAAGCCCUGUCCUGGAAAGAGUGAAGGUCCUGAUAGCCCCAGACACAAGCGAGUACUUAGUAGAGGGAAUAGUCAUAGGAGUGCUAGGAGAAAAAACAGCAGAGAACCACCUCGUAGCCAAAAGAAUAAUACACACCCUGGAUGCAAUAGACGCCACCCAUCCCCACUGUAAUCUACUAGUUACGCCGGAGUAUAAAAGUAAAAAAGAGGAUAAGGAAGAAGCAGUCAUUGUUAUUCCUACCUCAGAAAGCAUUAAAGACGCAGCAGAGAAUGCACCUAUUAUAUUGCUAAGCUCUCCUCUGAACCAUAGCCAUUUUAAUAUUUCCAAUAAAAUUUAUGCAGUCCCUGAUGAAGCAGACUAUCCGCAGUUCAUGCUCCCGUGGUCAAUCGAUAGCACAGCAGUGCAUGAUAAGGUGGUAAGAAAAGGGGUAGAGAUGGUAGCAAAUCCCUCUGUUAUAGAAAUAGAAGGAAUCAGAAUAGGAAUAGUGAACAUUGAAAGCAUCAGGUCAAUAGUAGAGAAUCACAACGGAAAAUACAAUAUGGCAGACUAUUUCAAGGCAAUGUGCAUCCUUCUAAAAAACAAUCACCUGUCUCCACUCUCUCCUUUCUCUUGCCCAUCCACUCCCAUGGCCACAGAUAGCCUAGUGAUGGCUGAGCUACCAGAUGUGCUGCUUCUUAAGUGCGAAUACGAUGGAUUAGAGAGAGUAGUACUGAAUGAAAAAGCUUUUCACCUGUUGCUAAUCAAAGACAAAGCAGCGAAGAUAGAAAAAGAGCAGAGAUAA